ACACUCGGAAUAAUGUUUCAACUAAAGCAGAUUCUCUUGUGGGUGAUGAUCGUGUACUGCACAACAUGUCAGAUAAGUUACACAAAAAUAAUGAUAAUUGCUGAUAAUUUGAAAGAUUCACAUUUCCAGAAUUGUACCAGCACAGCCUUUCCAGAAAUAAACAGGACAUGUCCAAAAAGUUCUGACACAUGGAUGGGGAAUCUUUGUCUAAUGAACGUCGAACGUAACACAACAUCCCAAGGAUAUUGUAACAUAACAACUAAAAAAUACAGUUUCAGCAUAACAAAACACGAUGGGAAUUAUGAAGUAAUAAUGAAUGAGAGAGUUACAGACAUACAGAUGUGGUUUUUGUCAGAUGGUGUAAGAUGUCUUCCAUCACAAGUCCUGACUUCAACAGAUAAUUGCUGUACUCAAUGCCUCUGUGGUCAGACAGGUUGUUUGGAACUUCCUACUGUUGAUCCUGGGAAGAGUUGUGAAAACGCUACAUAUAACGCAUCUGUGUGCAGCGGGAAAAGCGGAAACAUAUAUGUUCUGAAUGUAAAUGGGAACCAAACAACAUGUGUGAACUGCAUUAAUCAAUCUGAGAUGACAUCUACUACUCCAGUGAAACCAUCUCAGACAACAGCCACUGCCACAGAGUCAACAACCAAGGAAGAAUAUGAAGGGUUUCCAGUUGAUGGGACUGUAUACUUCAAUAUAACUGUAAAUGUAGAUGACCCGGAUCCCUCAAAAGCAUCAGAUGCCUUGGACAAUCUGGAAAACCUGACAUACGUGAUGGAAAAGGAAAAUAAAAGCAGUGUGGCGAUUGUCAUCGGAGAUGUUAAAGGUCUUCUGCACAGACAAGCCAAGAACAAAGAAACGCAAGACGUCAACAUCUACUACUCGUCAAAUCACGACUCUAUGAUUGCUGUUGUGGGUAAAAAUUACCAGGAAGCAAGCAUAUCCUGGUCUGUGAAAAUUUCCAAGGAGGCGUUUGAUAAAUCCCGUUUGGAAAACAACGGAAGUGCAUUUGUUGGAGUUCUACGGUUCAAGAACAUGGGAAACAAUGAUGGAAAUCAAACGGUUUUAAACAAUGAGGUUUACGGUAUAACGAUGGGCACCAAUAUCUCCAAUCUUACCAACAAUAUUGAACUUUUCUUCAAACCAUCAAAGAAACUGGUAAUGAAGGAUGGUAACAUAUCCUGCAAUUCCUGGGAUGGGAGAGGAAAACUAGAAUGGACCAAAUUUGGCUGUAACACCACAAUGAUCAACAAGGACACCGUAAAGUGCUCAUGUUCACAUCUGACUUUCUUUGCAAUACUUAUGUCUUUGCCAGAUUCAAACCUCACAGCGUCGCAUGUGGAGUCAUUGACCUACAUCACCAAUAUCGGCUGUGGCUUCUCCAUGUUCUUUCUGGGCAUGGGCCUGUUCAUGCAUUUCCUGUUACGGAAGGCAAAAUCAAAUCAGGCCACGAAGAUCUUGAUCAACAUGUUUGUGGCUUUGUUUCUACUGAAUUUGUCGUUUUUGUGCAAUGAGAGUAUAGCCAACACUCAAGACAACUCUGCGUGCAUCGCCGUCGCACUGAUCAUGCAUUACUCGAUGCUGGCGACAUUCACCUGGUUCUUCAUUCAAGCCCUUCACAUGUACUUGUGGCUCAUCAGACAGAACGUCACCACCAAAAACUACAUGAGAAAAAUCAACGUGGCGGGAUGGGCGUGUCCAGCUUCAAUCGUCGUGAUCAUCGUUUCUAUGGGAGAAUAUAAAACAGUGAUCAUACAAUCAACAGCAAAAACCACACGAAUGUGCUGGAUUACAAAUCCUUACGUUCACUACAUUGGGAACAUCGGCUAUUAUGCCUUGGUUUUCAUUUUCACGACAGGAAUCUUCAUCAUGAUGGUCAGAAAGAUUCUCCAAUCCAGAAACAUUAAAGUCGGUGAUGUGAAGAAAACCACGUUUAAGAAACAGAUAACGAUGAUUUUGAGUCUGUUCGUCCUGCUCGGCUUGACAUGGGGAAUCGCGUUCUUCAGUUUUGGACCGAUGGUCAUUCCAUCAUAUUAUAUCUUCUGUGUGUUGAACUCGUUUCAAGGAUUCUUUCUGUUCUUGUAUUACUAUCACAUUCACAAUGAUGUUGAUGGUCAUUUCGCUGAUGAUCCGGACAGCAGCACCUCCAGUUCCACCAAAACACUUGAAUCCAGCGUCGAUCAUGAACAAUGUUGUGUUUAAAAUCAGAAGAGGGAAAAUAACGCUGGAUUUACAUCUUUCUCAGAAAACUGAUGCAGCUGAUAUCUUCACAGUAAAGUGACUGAACACAAGAUACGCUGCAAUACAAGCCUCAUCAUAUUAUCAGUGCAACUAUAUAUAUUUUUCUCCAGGUUGUUGGGUGAAUGUUAGCAUGAUUGACAGAUGCAUGUACUGAAACAUGCUGUAUAUUAUAUUAUUAUAUUAUUCGAUCAUAUCUGUAAGAUUAAGGGCAUUAUAACACUAGUUAUGAAAUGAGCAUUGUAUGUAAUAUAAUGUAAUAUAUAAUGAACAUUAUUUCAUCAAAGUGUCUAUUUGGAGACUACUCUAAAGUAUUAAAGCUUUAGUGUAGAUAUUAUAUUCAUCUUUUUAUAAUUCACUGGGUUAUUACAAUUCAUUUAUACAUUUUAAAGUUGCCCCGUGGCUUUCAUAUGUCUUGUGGCUUAUAGAUGUUAAUAAAUGUAAGAUAUUAAGGCAUGAUUUUUCAUAAA